GAAAGGUAACGCAAAUUCAUUUUGAAGACUUUCCCCUUUGUCUCUCUAAAUCCCACUGUCUAUCUCCACGCGCCUCCUCCGCUUCACCGUCUCUUUUCCGCCGUCUUCUCGAUUCCUAGGGUUUCCCUCCACCGCUUGGGAGGUUAUUUCGAGCUUGAUUCUAUGCUCUUGCGCCGUUGAUUUGAUCCGGCUUUCUAAUUUUAUCUCCGAUUCUGAAUCCGAAACGAACAAUCUAGGGCUUAGGAUUUGAAUUUUCGGUGUUUUAUUUCCGCGUGUGGUCUCCGAUUUGGAUGGCAUUAGGAGACUUGAUGGUAUCUCGGUUCUCGCAAUCCUCCGUUUCUUUGGCCUCUAAUCACGACGACUGUGUCUCCACUCACGGUGACUCGCGGAGGAAAGAUUCCGAGGCUACGAGUAGUGUCUACGGAAAUGGCGUGGAGGAGGGAGACGCUACCGCCACCACCGCCACAAGUAUGGCUUACUUGCCUCAGACUAUCGUCCUCUGCCAAGUUAGACACAACGGCUCCGAGGCGUCUGCUUCCUUGGGGAACUCAGAGAGCAUUGUGUUGGCUCCUAAAUGGCGUAUUAAAGAAAGAAUGAAAACAGGAUGUGUAGCUUUAGUUGUGUGUUUGAACAUUACUGUUGAUCCGCCGGAUGUUAUUAAGAUAUCUCCGUGUGCUAGAGUCGAGGCUUGGAUAGAUCCAUUUUCCAUGCCCCCGCCAAAAGCUCUCGAAGCUAUUGGGAAAAAUCUGAGCACUCAGUAUGAGAGAUGGCAGCCAAGGGCCCGAUAUAAGGUUCAGUUAGAUCCGACGUAUGAUGAUGUCAAGAAGCUCUGCUUGACUUGUCGGAAAUAUGCAAAGACUGAGAGAGUUCUAUUCCAUUAUAAUGGGCAUGGUGUGCCAAAGCCUACAGCUAAUGGUGAAAUUUGGGUAUUCAACAAGUAUUAUACACAGUACAUUCCAUUGUCAAUCAGUGAGCUUGAUUCCUGGUUGAAAACACCGUCAAUCUACGUUUUUGACUGCUCUGCUGCUAGGAUGAUUCUUAAUACCUUUGCGGAGCUUCAUGAUUGGGGUUCUUCUGGUUCCUCUGGAUCCUCAAGGGACUGCAUUCUACUUGCUGCUUGUGAUGUACAUGAGACACUUCCUCAGAGCGUUGAAUUUCCAGCUGAUGUCUUUACUGCUUGCCUCACCACACCCAUUAAAAUGGCGUUGAAAUGGUUCUGUAGGCGUUCUCUCUUGAAAGAAUCCAUCGAGGAAUCACUUAUCGACCUGAUUCCAGGCCGCCAAAAUGACCGUAAGACAUUGUUAGGGGAGUUAAACUGGAUUUUCACAGCAGUGACGGAUACAAUUGCAUGGAAUGUGCUUCCUCAUGAACUUUUCCAGAGAUUAUUCAGACAGGAUUUGUUGGUCGCUAGCCUUUUCCGAAAUUUCUUACUUGCUGAGAGAAUAAUGCGGUCCGCAAAUUGUAAUCCAAUAUCUCACCCUAUGCUGCCUCCGACGCAUCAACAUCAUAUGUGGGAUGCAUGGGACAUGGCUGCCGAAAUCUGCCUUUCUCGCCUUCCCCAACUUGUUCGGGACCCAAACUCAGAGUUCGAGCCAAGUCCUUUUUUUACCGAGCAACUAACAGCUUUUGAGGUGUGGCUUGAUCAUGGAUCUGAGCAUAAGAAGCCACCAGAGCAGUUGCCUAUUGUUCUUCAGGUGUUACUUAGCCAAUGUCAUCGGUAUCGUGCUCUUGUACUUCUUGGAAGAUUUCUUGAUAUGGGUUCAUGGGCCGUGGAUCUGGCUUUGUCUGUUGGAAUAUUCCCAUAUGUGCUGAAGCUUCUGCAAACAACAACAAAUGAGCUACGACAGAUACUUGUUUUCAUAUGGACAAAAAUUCUUUCACUUGAUAAGACAUGUCAAAUUGAUCUUGUGAAGGAUGGGGGGCAUACAUAUUUCAUAAGAUUUCUAGAUAGCUCGGAUGCAUUUCCCGACCAACGAGCUAUGGCUGCUUUUGUUUUAUCUGUCAUUGUGGACGGACACCGACGAGGCCAGGAAGCAUGUCUUGAAGCUAAUUUAAUUGGUGUUUGUCUGGGGCACCUUGAACUAUUCGGACCAAGUGAAUCACAGCAAGAAAAGUUUCUACAAUGGCUUUGUCUUUGUCUUGGAAAGUUGUGGGAAGAUUUUAUGGAGGCCCAAAUAAUGGGUAGGGAGGCAAAUGCGUUUCAGAAGUUGGCACCUCUGCUUUCCGAGCCCCAACCUGAGGUAAGGGCUGCUGCUGUUUUUGCUCUGGGUACCUUACUUGAUAUUGGGUUUGGCUCUAGUAAAAGUUCUUUGGAGGAUGAAUUUGAUGAUGAUGAAAAGAUUAGAGCAGAAGAAGCUAUCAUUAAAAGUCUCUUAGAUGUAGUUUCAGAUGGGAGUCCACUUGUCCGGUCAGAGGUUGCUGUAGCUCUUGCACGUUUUGCCUUUGGCCACAAAAAGCACCUUAAGUUAGCCGCAGCUUCAUAUUGGAAGCCUCAGUCAAGCUCUCUGCUUACUUCGCUCCCUUCAAUCGCUAAAUUGCAUGAAGCUGGGAGUGCAACAAUCGUUUCUUUACACAUGAGUCCUCUGACUAGAGCUAGCACUGAAAGCCAACCAGUUGCUCGUGAGGCGAGGAUCUCAAGCAGCCCUCUUGGCUCGGCUGGGCUAAUGCAUGGAUCUCCAUUAUCUGAUGAUGGAAUCAUGCAUGAAAGUGUCAGCAAUGGAGCUGUCCAUCAGCAAAGACUGUUUGAUAACGCCGUUUAUUCGCAGUGCGUUCGAUCUAUGUUUGCAUUAGCUAAAGACCCAUCUCCACGAAUUGCAAGUCUCGGGCGGCGUGUGCUUUCUAUCAUUGGUAUCGAGCAAGUUGUUGCGAAAUCCUCGAAGCCCACUGGCCGAUUAGGAGAAGCUGCGACAACAUCUAACACUCCUCUUGCUGGCCUAUCUCGCUCAUCCUCAUGGUUUGAUAUGCAUGCAGGUAAUAUGCCCUUAAGUUUUAGGACUCCUCCGGUCAGCCCUCCCAGAACAAACUAUCUACCUGGACUGAGGAGAGUUUGUUCGUUAGAUUUUAGGCCCCACCUGUUGGGUUCACCAGACUCGGGAUUGGCUGAUACGUUUUUAGGCAGUGGAUCUGAACGGAGUUUGCUCCCAUUAUCAACUAUCUACAACUGGAGCUGUGGCUACUUUUCUAAACCGCUUCUCUCUGAAGCUGAUGCUAGUCAAGAGAUAGAUACCAAAAGAGAAGAGAAAGAAAGGUUCGCACUUGAGCAUAUUGCAAAAUGCCAGCACUCUUCUAUUAGCAAGCUCAACAAUAAUCCUAUUGCCAACUGGAAUACGAGGUUUGAAACGGGAACAAAGACAGCUCUCCUUCACCCUUUCUCUCCUAUUUUAGUUGCUGCAGACGAGAAUGAACGGAUCAGAGUCUGGAACUAUGAGGACACAACUCUUCUCAAUGGCUUUGACAAUCAUGAUUUUCCUGACAAAGGAAUUUCAAAGCUCUGCCUCGUCAAUGAACUUGACGACUCUCUGCUACUUGUUGCGUCAUGUGAUGGGUCUGUCCGGAUAUGGAAAAACUAUGCAACAAAGGGUAAACAAAAGCUUGUUACAGGUUUUUCUUCAAUCCAGGGUCACAAGCCCGGUGCACGUGACUUGAACGCUGUCGUAGACUGGCAACAACAAUCCGGCCGCCUGUAUGCUUCCGGGGAGGUGUCAACAGUCGCGCUUUGGGACCUUGAUAAAGAACAGCUAGUCAGAUCUAUUCCCUCUGAGUCAGAAUGCAGAGUUACAGCACUUUCGGCUUCUCAAGUGCACGGGAGUCAACUUGUUGCUGGUUUCGCUGAUGGAUCUUUGAGACUCUAUGAUGUUAGGUCGCCUGAACCGCUUGUCCUUGCGGCUCGGCCUCAUCCGAAAGUUGAAAGAGUGGUUGGACUUAGUUUUCAGCCUGGACUUGAUCCCUCAAAGGUUGUUGUGAGUGCAUCACAGGCCGGUGACAUACAGUUCCUUGACUUUAGAACAUCAAGGGACACAUACCUGACGAUUGAUGCACACAGGGGUUCACUCACGGCCUUAGCUGUUCACAGACACGCUCCAGUAAUCGCGAGUGGAUCUGCAAAACAUCUACUUAAAGUGUUUAGCCUUGAGGGAGAACAACUAGGAAAAAUCCUCUACUACCCAUCCUUCAUGCCACAGAAGAUUGGUUCAGUGAGUUGCCUCGCUUUUCAUCCCUACCAGCUUCUUCUUGCAGCUGGAACUGUGGACUCACUCGUCUCCCUAUACACCCACGAUGACUCGCAAGCACGAUGA